CCUACUUGCCCUCGACGGCGGCGGAGUUCGCGGCCUGUCCUCGCUGAUGAUUCUACAGAAUCUCAUGUCUACCAUCGACCCCGACUCCCCGCCCAAGCCAUGCGAUUACUUCGACAUGAUCGGCGGCACCAGCACCGGCGGCCUGAUCGCCAUCAUGCUGGGGCGCCUAGGAUGACGGUUGACGAAUGCAUCCACUGCCUACACGUCCUUGUCCGACAAGGUGUUCGAGAAGAAGAGCCACAGGGUCAAGAUCAACGGCCAGUUACAGGGCAGAUUUGAUACUGUGGCGCUGGAGCAGGCAGUCAAGCAGAUACUGGUGGACAACGGCCACGGCGAAGACGCGCUUCUUAAAGAUCCCUCCAAAACAGCUUGCAAACUUCGUGUGCGCGACGAGCAAAGAAACCGGAGACACGGUGUGCCUAACGAGCUACCGUCCCCGCAGACUGGCCCACCUAUAUGACUCCACCAAGAUAUGGCGAGCCUGUCGGGCUACGUCUGCCGCGACUACCUUCUUCGAUCCAAUCGCUAUCGGGCCCUUUCAAGAGCAGUUCGUCGACGGUGCCCUGGGAGCGAAUAACCCCGUAUACGCGCUUUAGAACCAGGCUCAGGAUGUCUGGGCCGACCAGCUGCGGGGCAGUCUUCGGUGCC